UGUUUUGAUAUUUGUAAACAAUGAUUCCAUGAUAUUAUUCUACAAUAUAUAAAUAUUUUAAAUUGACGUAGCUAAUUACCUUUUAUCAUAAAAUAAUAUUACAAACUAAUGAAAAAUGGAAAAAAUGCAACUUUUAUUGAGAGAAGAUGGACGUGAAGCCCGUAAUCUUUUAGCUUUUCAUGUUUCAGUGAACGAAGGUAAAAUAUUCCGUAAACCACCAAAUUCGCCACGAGCACCUGAACCUAGAACUAUAUCGAAAAAGUUUGAUUCAGAAAUUUGUGUUAGACCUGUCAGAUCGGCAUCCACUGGUAGAGAUAAACGAUCUGAAUUGAGAGCCAGAUAUUGGGCUCUCUUAUUUGGAAAUUUACAACGCGCGGUAAAUGAAAUUUAUAAUACGGUUGAAACACAUGAAAGUGUUAUAGAAUGUCAAGAAACUAUUUUAGUUAUGGAAAAUUAUAUACGAGAUUUUCGUUCAUUGUCUGAAUGGUUCAAGUUAAAAUGGGAAUAUGAAAAUACUCCAGCUCCACAACGACCCACUUCAUUAGCUUGGGAAGUUCGAAAAGCAAAUUUACCAAAUUCAGCUCUCGCGGAAAGAGUUAGUCCGAUUCCAUCAAUAAAACAAGGACGAGUUAGCCCACAAACAAAACAAAAAGAUCAAAUUAUGUCUAAAAUUGAUAAUGGUGUCAUUGCAACAUCUCCACAACCAGAACCAAUUCCAGAAAUGGAUGAAAAGACCAAAGAUUCGAUUGAAGAAAGACAGAUAACCAAUCUAAAAAAAGAAAAUACAUCAGAGGUUGUUUUAUCACCUUCUGAAGAUCAAAAAACGUACGUUAAAAUUUUUAAGAAUGUUUCCGUAAGUAGUGCAGAGGUUGGUACAAUUACUGAUGAUAUUGAAGCCAUGAAAAUAGCUAAAAAAACAUCGAAUCAAAAAGUCAGUCAAGCUAGUCAAACUGACGAAGAAAAUGUGGAAAAAUCCAAUUCACUUACAACUAAUGUUACUUCAAAUAUAUCUCCACCAAAAACAACCAUAAAAUGUAUCGAAUCUAGAUCAUCUCGAAUGCCAAUCUCUUCAUCUGCUAGACCUGCUUAUUCCUUUGCAGUGUCUCGUACAGUUAAACCUGCUGUGAAAUCUGCUACAAGUAUGCCACCCAAAACGUCUGCACCCACAACUAAAAUUUCAACUAUUGCCAAUAAUACAAAAAUGUCACCUAAUAAACAAAUCAGACCACCAUUUCGAAAUAUUCGUGGAUCUGAUGUACCUAAAAAAUCGCCAAACAGUGCACUAUUGCGUAGUAAAACUUCAGGUGAAAUAAAAACCACUAGUAAUUCUCCAGUACUUACCAAACAACGAACUUCAUUAAGCAUUCGAAAUGGCCCUGUUCCAACAAAAGUUUCAUCUUCAGUUAAAGCACCAGUUACCAAACCUACUUUUGUUAGAAAAUCCAGUACGACAGUAAAUGUAAAUAAAUCAUCGAUGAAAUCCAAUUUAUCAGAAUUUACUUCUAAGUUAAAUAACGAAAUGAGAGAUUCCGACAAAGAGAGUAUUAAUAGUUCAGUAGAAACAAUAGUUAAUGCACCAACGAGAUCCUCCAAUGACACUGAAGAAAAGGAAAGUUCACAUUCUAAAUUAGUGAAUGGUAUGGUUACUUCUGGAGGUUGGUUAACAGUUAAGGCUCAACGCAGACCAUCAUCACAUUGGUCGAAUCGUUUUAAUGAAGUUAGUGGUACCACAAGUUUACCGGCUUUAGCUUUAUUACAAGAAAGUGAUGAUGAGAGCGAUGAAAAGACUAAUCCUCGGCCCCAAACUACACAGGGUAAACCUUCUGUUUCGUACUUAAAACGAACAAACACUGUUCUUACAAGAAGUUCCGUAAAAUCGUUUACACGUAAAAAUGAAUAUUUAAAUAAUCAAAAAUCCAAAUCCGAAGAACCGUGCUUAAAUAAAAAUGAUGUCAAUAAUAAAUUAGGUUUAAAAAAUGGGUCCAAAAUAAAAUUAGAUAAUAAAACAAAAUUAGAUAAACAAAAAUCUCAAGAAAAAUUGUCAACGAGUUUAUCUCAUCAAAAUGAAAAGUUAUUACCAAGAAAUAUAGAAAUAGAUUUAAAACCACAAAACAGUACAUCGAAACUAUUAAGUAAUGAAAACUAUGAUCGAAAAAUUGAAAAUGAAAGUGAAUAUGAUUCUAAAUUAAAUGGAGAUGAUAUGGAAAAAAGUGAAAUUCAUGAUGAAGAAGAACAUUGUCGAAAAACCCAGCAAUUAAGUGAUGAAGAAGCUAUGUUAACACAGGAAAUAGCUGAACUAGAAAGUUGUUCUGUUGAUGUUGAUACAGAAACAGAUGGAACAGAAACCGAUGGUGAAGUUGGAGAUGAAGAUGAAGAAGUUCCUGCUUUAAAUUCUGCCUUCGAUGAUUUAUCAUUAGAAGCACGUUAUGAACCGGUUCUGGCUGGUUUGUCUUGGGGUGAGCGAAUGGAUACAUUGGCUGCGUUGGAAGAUUUAGUUGCUCGACAUCCUGGAAGAGCACUUCAAUUACAUCAAAAAUUAUCUAAUCCUAAUCGACGACGUUCAUUACCCGAAACAUUAAGACGAUACCAAGCAAAACAUGCUCGCGCUCAACAACGGCGUCAAGCACUUCAACAAGAACGAACUGUACGCUUACAAGCGUUAUUAGCUCGUGUUCAAGACGUUAAAGCUGCAAAAAAUCAAUUGAUUGAAGAAAAACGUGUGAGAAUGGAGAAUCGUCUACAGCGUGCUGAAUUAAAUAGAAAUGAACAUUUAAAAAGUGUUAUUAGAAAAGCUCAUGAUGAAGAAGAAAAACUUCGUGAAAUUGCGUUUAUCAAAGAACUGGAAGCACAAAAUAAACGCCAUGAUUUUCUGGAGCUAUGCAAAGAACAAAAAGGUAGAUUAGAAGAUCUUCGUGAAGGCCAAAGAAAGAAAAUUGAAGAACAAGCAGCUCGCGGUGCUGCCGUUGAAGAAAGACGUCGUGCUUUAGAGCAAGCACGUCACGAUCGAUUAGAACGUCUACAAGCUGAAAGAGAAUUGCGUGCUGAACGAGUUGGUCGGCGACAGUUAGAGAUUCAAGAACAAGCUAGAGAAAAAGCGCGUGGUAGAGAAGAAAGAUUAUCAGCGUUACACGCUCAACAAUUAGCUAGCACAAGAGAAUUACAAAAACGUAUUUCACAAAAGCAAAAAGAAUCAGCUCGUCGACAUGAGGAAAAUAUCGAACAAAUUCGACAAAAAGCAUUAGAAUUAUCUAUUUUACGUAGCCAUAAUGAUGAUCCUCACACGCCUGCAUUAACUCCAUACGAAUCACAAAAAAUGUGUUCGGUAUGCAAUGUGCAUAUCAAUUCCGAAGUAUAUCUUUUAAGCCAUUUACGUGGGCGUUCACAUCAAGAAGCUGUACGUUUAGCAAGUGGAUCUCUGGUUGGUGAUCAAUUAGAGCAAUAUGAAUUAGCGCAUAUUGUUGAUGCACCUGUCGACGAAAACCAUCCGAAAUUGGUAGCAGCACGUGAAAGAUCGAAAAUAUUACGCAAACGAUGUAAGAAAAUACGACAGCGUAUGACAUCGAAAGGAGCUAUUUUUGAAUCUGAAUAUAAAGCACCAUCCGUUAAUAAUCAAAAUAAACGGCCACUGGCCAAAAGUUCACAGAAGUUUUUAUCAUUAAUAAAUCAAGGCUGGGCUUCUACUACGUAUAAUCAAUUAGAUCGAAUAUUAGGUGAAACUAAUCGUUUGUUAAUUAAAAAUGUUUCAAAUGAUCUAAUAGCUUUUCAAAGCUCUGGCUGGUUUUCCGCUUUGGCAAAAUUAUUUUUGAUGGGCUUAGAUGAAACGACUACAACACCACCUACGAAAAGUUUGGUGACAGCCUGUAAUGUAUGGCAAGCCGCUUGUAAAAAUGGAAACAGUGGUGCAAGUAAUUGUAAAUAUACGAUUCUAUCUAAUAAAAUAAUAGUUAUAUUGGAUUUAUUGAAUAAUAAAUUAAAGGGUUUGGCAAACGACGAUCAGUUACCAUCAGAACCUUUGGCCACGGCAACGAUGCAACUUUUAGCAACCAUUUUACAAAAUGUCCCUAGUGAUACGCCUACAGGACGUGUACAAGAUGUUGUAAGUUAUGCAGUAUGCGUGGGUAUUGUGGAACAAUUGGCACAGUGUUGUGUGUCUGUACGAGGUCCUGUACAUAAUAAUGAAAAUGCAUGUAGUUUCCUACUCGCUGCACUUGAUUUAUUAACUGGCUUAGCACAAUGCUGUGGACCACCACCCCUUGAAACAAUCAUUCAAACACCAUCAACUCCCACAUGUAAUGGUACCAAAAAUGAUGAUAACAACACCAUCAUCACUGAAGAGAAUAAGAAACCAAUGAAAAAUAAUAAAAACAAUAAUAAUAAUCAGAAUAAAAGUACACGUUCUAAUAGUUUAGUAUCUUCGUCAUCAACAACAUCUUCAUCGUGUAGUUUCAUUGAUCCAACACAUUUUACAGCCGCAUUACAUGCUACCGAAUUAGUUGGUGUUGUUUCCAUGUUAUAUGGUACGCUAUUACCAACGGGUGCAUCACCACGAUGUGAAGGAAAAGCACCUGAUGCCUUACCAACACCAUGUUUGGCAUUAGCCACAUCUGUUUUUCGAUUAUUGCGACAAGUUGCUGAAUUAGAUUUGAAACGAUUUCAGGAAGCGUUAGGUGCUGAAGGUAUUUCCUUACAAUUUCGACAUAUUGUUGGCCAUUUACUUUGGACUUGUGCAUCACCUCCUGCGGGUAGUGGUGAUGCUGAAAAUGCUUCGACUGAACUUUUACAUGAGGUGAUAGCUGUUACAGGAUAUUUUGCAAUAAAAAAUAACGACAAUCAGAUGCUUUUGGUUAGUGGAUAUGCUCCAAGCGUUCUCCAACAGUUAUGUUCAUUACCAUUCGCUUACUUCUCCGUACCAAAGUUAUCAGCUAUCUUAUAUCCAACAUUGUUGGGUUGUUGUUAUGAUAAUCCACAUACUCGGCAAAUACUUGAACAGGAGCUGUCUUUUGUGUUACUAGAAGAUUUCAUGAAAACAGAAGAAGGUUUGCAUCAUCCACUUGUUAAAUUAUUAUUAAAUAAUGAUCUGAUAACUCAAGAGAAACCAAAUUGUGAUGAUAAUAAUUCCAAAAAGAAAGAAAUUAUCCGUGGUAGUAGGCUAACAUGUCAUGGAUUACACUCUAAUGUACAAUGGAUCACCUUUAUCGAUUGA